AUGGCACUUCGACUUGCUUCACGUAGACUGAGUCCAAUAAUCUCCUCAAUACGUCAUAGGAAAAUCGGGUCAGCCACUAAAUAUGUCCCUUUGUUUGAAACGGUUCAUAUGCCGGAGACUAAGGUGACUACUUUGGGAAGUAACGGUUUUCGGAUAGCUUCUGAGAACUGGAAUACUCCUACAUGCACGGUUGGCGUUUGGGUGGACGUUGGUAGUCGAUAUGAGACAGAAUCUAAUAAUGGUGUAGCUCAUUUCCUUGAACACAUGGCUUUUAAGGGGACUGAAAAGAGGAGUCAACAGUCUUUAGAACUUGAAGUGGAAAACAAAGGUGCGCAUUUGAAUGCAUACACAUCCCGUGAGAUGACGGUGUAUUAUGCGAAAUGUUUUGUUGAGGAUCUACCUUGGGCGGUUGAAUUAUUAUCGGAUAUAUUAAAGAACAGCAAGUUUGAGAAUAGUCAGGUCGAACGUGAAAGAGGGGUCAUUUUACGGGAAAUGGAGGAAAUUGAGAGUAAUUACCAGGAGGUCGUCUUUGAUUACCUGCAUGCAACUGCUUAUCAAGGGACACCUCUUGGGAGAACGAUUCUUGGACCUGUAGAAAAUGUCAAAUCUUUGAAAGCCAGUGAUAUGAAGAAUUUUAUCAAACAGAACUAUAAAGCACCACGAAUGGUGCUCAGCGCUGCAGGAGGAGUCGACCAUAAGCAACUAUGCGACCUCGCGGAGAAACAUUUUGGCGAUCUCCAGGCAUCUUAUCAGGAAGGCGAAGGGGUACCAAGCAUACAACGCUGUCGUUUUACAGGCUCUGAGAUUCGUGACAGAGACGAUGCUAUGCCAGUAGCUCAUGCUGCGAUAGCGUUCGAGGGUCCGGGUUGGCAAAGUUCAGACACAUUAGCACUGAUGGUUGCAAGCAGUCUGCAUGGUGCUUGGGAUAGAAGUUAUGGGGGAGGAUUUAAUGUUGCCAGCAAGCUGGCCUCCAAGUUUUUUAUGGAAAAUUCGGUACACAGUUUCCAGCAUUUCUUUACUUGCUACCAUGAUACUUCUUUAUGGGGAGUUUACUUAACAGCAGAAAAGAUGGGUUUGGGUGAAUCUGUUGGAGAAUUCCUUAAAGAAUUUGUCCGUAUGUGUACUCAGGUUACUCAGCAUGAAAUCGACAGAGCGAAGAACCAAUUGAAAACACAUCUUCUUUUGCAGUUAGAUGGCACUACACCUAUUUGUGAAGAAAUUGGUCGGCACAUGUUGGUGUAUGGUCGUCGUAUACCUAUAACUGAAUUGCUAGCCAGAAUUGACGCGCUUAAUGCUGAACAUGUUAGGGAAACAUGCAUGAAGUACUUCUUUGAUAAAUGCCCUGCUGUCGCGUCCAUCGGUCCAGUGGAAACCAUGCUUGACUACAAUCGUAUUCGGGAUAAAACUUGCGAAUACGAUUACUGCACUAAAAGCCGAGAAAAUGAAAACAGCUUGUUUCCUCGUUUGAUCAAUGGAGAUGGUGUUAUCGUCAAAGAUAAAAUAAAUGACAUUUUCAAAUUAAAAAUGGAUACUUUAAACAUAAGUUGUAGUCAAUUACAUACAAUCAAUUCUACAAAUUCAUCAUUGAAAAUGAUUUUAUUUAUCAAUAUAAAAUUUUUUGCAAUUAUUGUACAAUUAAUUGGGAUACCAUUAAACUUAUUUGUAUUACAUGGAUUACUCAAUGUGAAGUUAGGAUCACGUUUAACAACACUACUAUUAUGUAAUCAAUGUGUAUUUGAUUGUCUUAUUUGUACAUUUGCUUUAUUAAAAAUAUUAAAAUCUGAACGUUGGUAUACAGGAUAUAUAAUUAUUGAUAGUGUACUAUGUUACGUGUGGUUUAGUCACACAUUAUUUUGGCUGGUUGUAUUACUAAGUUUAAGUAAUAUGAUGUGUACAGCUUUAGAUCGUUUAGGAGCUGUUGUUUGUAGUCGUACAUAUCAAUUACGUCAAAAUAUUUACAUAAUAUUAUCAUAUACAAGUAUUUCAAUUUACUCAUUAAUAUUAAUCGCUAUCAAUCCAUUAUUAUUACAAUAUCGUGAUCAGAAAUGUUAUGAUACUAUAUUAUAUGAUAAAAACUGGAUAUAUAUAUUAAUGAAAGUGGAUUCUAUAUUGUGGCCAUGUCUUACUUAUUUAUUUCCAUGUGUUUUAACUGUCACUGUGUAUGGAAAAGUUAUAGGAGCGUUGAAAAGUACAACAUUUCGCCAUCAAUAUAAUAAUAAUAAUAAUAAUAGUUUUAGUACUGCUAUCAGUAUUAAUAGUAGUACCAACAACAGUUGGACACGUAAAAUAUCAAGUCAUAAAUUAACUGUAUCCUAUGCUAAACAAAAAAGACAUCGUAAAAUUGCUCAGUCUUUAACAAUAGCUACAUGUAUUAUGCAAACAAUAUUUUUAAUAACGCAUUCAUAUGACAGAAUUUAUUACUUUCUUGGUAUACAUCGAUGGAUACUUUAUCAAAUUGAUUGUACAACUCAUUUAAUUGGUUUAUGGCUUGUAACACUGAAUAGUUGCAUUAAUCCAAGUACGCUUAUAUUUAUUGUACGCCCAUUACAAAUCUAUCUUAUUCAAACCAUUAAUCAGUGUUUUUGUAAAUAUUCAAAACGAUCCAAUAUGCAAACAUCAACAAAUUAUUUAAGUGAACAACAAUCUGAAACGUGUUUAAGCAGAACAGAAUUCGGAAAUAGGUCAAAUGGAAUUGAAUCAUAAUCAAGUAUCCUGUCUAGAAAAAAUUCAAUACUAUGAGAAAAAAACAUUUUCUAAUAGGUUUCUAUAUUCAGUGGUGUGCUUUUUAAAUCCCUUGCAAAGGUAGCUUUCUAUUGGUGAACAUCAACAAUCGAAUAACAAUUAUUGCGAUAAAAUUUUUUCUAAAUUGAGC